AUGUCUACUGAUCAUCUUAAAGUAGAAGUCAAGCUUCAUCCUGUUCCUAAAUGUCUUUUGGAUUCAUCAAUCAAUCCUACCCCUCAUGUUAGCUCUUUUGAACAAUAUAAAAAACUUCAUGAAGAGAGUAUUAAUAAUCCUACUAAAUUUUGGGGAGAACUCGCCAAUGAACUUCUUACCUGGAAUACUCCUUUCCAAACCGUUCAAUCAGGAUGUUUCGAACAUGGUGAUGUCGCGUGGUUCCGUGAAGGUCAAUUAAAUGCUUCUUAUAAUUGUGUAGAUAGACAUGCCCUUAAAAAUCCCGAUAAGGUUGCUAUCAUUUAUGAAUCUGAUGAACCUAAUCAGGAUCGCAAAAUCACGUACGGUGAACUUUUACGAGAUGUUUGUCGCUUCGCUAAUGUGUUGAAAGCUCACGGUGUGAAAAAAGGUGAUACUGUCGCUAUCUAUAUGCCAAUGGUACCCGAAGCUGUGGUCGCUUUCUUGGCAUGCGCUCGUAUCGGAGCUGUACAUUCUGUAGUCUUUGCCGGUUUCUCUUCAGAUUCGUUACGUGGUCGUAUUCUAGACGCUUCUAGUAGAUUCGUUAUAACUGCUGAUGAGGGUCGUCGUGGUGGUAGAACUAUUUAUACUAAAAAAAUUGUUGAUGAAGCCUUGUUAGGGUGUCCUGAAGUCGAACGAGUUUUUGUAUUCCGUCGUACCGGUUCACCAGUUCCAUUCUCCUCCCCUCGUGAUGUAUGGUGGCACGAAGAAGUUGAAAAACAACGUCCUCAUUGCCCACCUGAAAUUGUCAACGCCGAAGAUCCUCUUUUCAUACUUUAUACUUCUGGUUCUACUGGUAAACCAAAGGGUCUCCUUCACACUACAGGUGGUUACUUAUUAGGCGCUGCUUUUACUCUCAAAUACGUUUUUGAUUAUCAUGAAGGUGAUGUUUACGGUUGUAUGGCUGAUAUCGGUUGGAUUACCGGUCAUACUUAUAUCAUUUACGGUCCGUUGGCAAAUGGUGGUACUACUGUAUUAUUUGAAUCGACUCCUGUAUAUCCUAGUCCAAGUCGAUAUUGGGAAGUUGUUGCUAAGCAUAAAAUUACUCAAUUUUAUACCGCUCCAACCGCUAUUCGUUUAUUACGUAAAUUUGGUCGUGAACACGUAGAUAAACAUGAUCUUUCAAGUUUACGAGUAAUCGGUUCAGUCGGUGAACCCAUUAAUCCUGAGGCUUGGGAAUGGUAUAAUGAAGUUGUCGGUAGAAAUGUUUGUUCAGUAGUUGAUACUUACUGGCAAACCGAAACUGGCUCCAUAAUAGUAACUCCAUUACCCUGCGCCACAACAACAAAACCUGGUUCUGCUACUUUUCCUUUCUUCGGUAUUGAUCUUGCCGUGCUAAAUCCUGAAACUGGUGAAGAGAUAACAUCAACAGAAGCAGAAGGUGUUUUGGCCAUACGUCGACCUUGGCCAUCAAUGGCACGCACUGUUUACAAUGAUCAUAAUCGAUAUCUUGAUACUUAUAUGAGACCCUAUAAAGGUUAUUACUUUACAGGAGACGGUGUUGGUCGAGAUUGUGAUGGUUAUUAUUGGAUUCGUGGACGUGUGGAUGAUGUUAUUAAUGUUGCGGGCCACAGAUUAUCGACUGCAGAGAUUGAAUCUGCUUUAAUCAUGCACUCUUCGGUUGCUGAAGCUGCCGCUAUUGGUGUAAAGGACGAUAUAAAGGGUCAAUGUGUGCAUGCUUUUACCACUUUGAAACCAGAUAGUGGAAAUACUGAUGUAAAAGAUUUGGUCGCGCAAGUACGUCAAUCUAUUGGUCCGUUUGCUGCUCCACAAAAAAUUUAUAUUGUUAGCGAUUUGCCAAAGACUAGAAGUGGAAAGAUUAUGAGACGUGUUUUAAGAAAAAUCGUUGAUGGAGAAUCAGAGCAAUUAGGUGAUUUAACUACUUUAUCUGACCCUAAGAUAGUUGAUACUUUGAUUGAAGUAGUUAAGAAUACAUAG